UGCCGCCUGCUCCUCGUCCUUCUCUUGCUGCCUCCACUCGCCGCCUCGUCCCGGCCCCGCGCCUGGGGGGCUGCUGCACCCAGCGCUCCGCAUUGGAAUGAAACUGCAGAAAAAAAAUUGGGAGUCCUGGCAGAUGAAGAUAAUACAUUGCAACAGAAUAGCAGCAGUAAUAUCAGUAACAGCAAUACAAUGCAGAAAGAAAUAACACUGCCUUCAAGACUCAUAUAUUAUAUCAACCAAGACUCAGAAAGCCCUUACCAUGUUCUUGACACAAAGGCAAGACACCAGCAAAAACAUAACAAGGCUGUCCAUCUGGCCCAGGCAAGCUUCCAGAUUGAAGCCUUUGGCUCCAAAUUCAUUCUUGACCUCACACUGAACAAUGGUUUGCUAUCUUCUGAUUAUGUGGAGAUUCACUACGAAAAUGGGAAGCCACAGUAUUCUAAGGGUGGGGAGCACUGUUACUAUCAUGGGAGCAUCCGAGGAGUCAAGGAUUCCAGAGCCGCUCUGUCGACCUGCAAUGGACUUCAUGGUAUGUUCGAAGAUAAUUCCUUUGUAUACAUGAUAGAACCGAUGGAGCUGAUUCAUGAUGAGAAAAGCACAGGUCGACCACAUAUAAUCCAGAAAACCUUGACAGGCCAAUACUUUAAGCAAAUGAAGAAUCUCAGCAGAGAAGGCGGUGACCAGUGGCCCCUUCUACCUGAGUUACAGUGGCUGAAAAGGCGGAGAAAGAGAGCGGCGAAUCCAUCUCGUGGUGUGUUUGAAGAAAUGAAGUAUUUGGAACUUAUGAUUGUCAAUGAUCACAAAACGUAUAAGAAGUAUCGCUCCUCUCAUGCGCACACCAACAACUUUGCAAAGUCUGUGGUCAACCUUGUGGAUUCCAUUUAUAAGGAACAGCUCAACACCAGGGUGGUCCUCGUAGCUGUAGAGACCUGGACGGAGAAGGAUCACAUCGACAUCACCACCAACCCGGUGCAGAUGCUCCAUGAUUUCUCCAAAUACCGGCAGCGUAUCAAACAGCACGCUGACGCUGUGCACCUCAUCACGCGUAUGACAUUCCACUAUAAAAGAAGCAGCCUGAGCUACUUUGGAGGUGUCUGUUCUCGCACAAGGGGAGUUGGUGUGAAUGAGUAUGGUCUUCCAAUGGCAGUGGCACAAGUAUUAUCGCAGAGCCUGGCUCAAAACCUUGGAAUCCAAUGGGAACCUUCUAGCAGAAAGCCAAAAUGUGACUGCACAGAAUCCUGGGGUGGCUGCAUCAUGGAGGAAACAGGGGUAUCCCAUUCCCGAAAGUUCUCAAAGUGCAGCAUUUUGGAAUACAGAGAUUUUUUACAGAGAGGGGGUGGAGCUUGUCUUUUCAAUAGGCCAACAAAGCUAUUUGAGCCGACAGAAUGUGGAAAUGGAUAUGUAGAAGCUGGAGAAGAAUGUGACUGUGGUUUCCACGUGGAAUGCUAUGGCUUGUGCUGUAAGAAAUGUUCUCUCUCCAACGGAGCCCACUGCAGUGAUGGGCCCUGCUGCAACAAUACUUCGUGUCUCUUUCAGCCACGAGGGUAUGAAUGUCGGGAUGCUGUGAAUGGGUGUGAUAUUACUGAAUAUUGUACUGGAGACUCUGGCCAGUGCCCACCAAAUCUUCAUAAGCAAGACGGAUAUGCAUGCAAUCAAAACCAGGGCCGCUGCUACAACGGGGAAUGCAAGACCCGAGACAACCAGUGCCAGUACAUCUGGGGAACAAAGGCUUCAGGGUCUGACAAGUUCUGUUAUGAAAAGCUGAAUACAGAAGGCACCGAAAAGGGAAACUGUGGGAAGGAUGGAGACCGGUGGGUCCAGUGCAGCAAACAUGAUGUGUUCUGUGGAUUUUUACUCUGUACCAACCUUACUCGCACUCCUCGUAUUGGCCAACUUCAGGGUGAGAUCAUCCCAACUUCCUUCUACCACCAAGGACGGGUCAUUGACUGCAGUGGUGCUCAUGUGGUUUUAGAUGAUGAUACAGAUGUGGGUUAUGUGGAAGAUGGAACGCCAUGUGGCCCAUCUAUGAUGUGUUUAGAUCGGAAAUGUCUACAGAUUCAGGCCCUAAACAUGAGCAGCUGCCCCCUGGAUUCCAAGGGUAAAGUCUGUUCAGGCCAUGGGGUGUGUAGUAAUGAAGCCACCUGCAUCUGUGAUUUCACCUGGGCGGGAACAGACUGCAGCAUCCGGGAUCCGGUUAGGAACCUUCACCCCCCCAAGGAUGAAGGACCUAAGGGUCCUAGUGCCACCAAUCUCAUAAUAGGCUCCAUCGCUGGUGCCAUCCUGGUAGCAGCUAUUGUCCUUGGGGGCACAGGAUGGGGAUUUAAAAAUGUCAAGAAGAGGAGGUUCGAUCCGACUCAGCAAGGCCCCAUCUGAGCCGGCGGCCCUGGACGAGCGGCACCGCGCGCUGCUGAGUUUCCGGUAUGACGUCGGCGCCGCCAUGUUGCCAGAACUAAGUCUGUAAACGAGAACACUGGAUGGUAAUGACUACGGAACCGAAGUUGGGGUGACCGGGAUGGGGCAAAAAAAAACUGUCCUUUUGGGAAAUAAUUUCAAAGAACCCCUGCCACCAUCAUCUGUUACUAAACGGGGGCAAAAGACAAUGUUUUAAAAAGAACUAUUUCAGAUUUUUUUUUUCUAACUAAAGGAGGAAGGAACAACAACAAUAAAAAAUAAAAAGGGCAAUAAAAGAACCAUGAAAAAAUAGCAAAUGAUUUUUUUUCUUUCCUCAGCCUGCUGGCACUUAAUAUCUUAUAAAUGAUUUGGCAUGAUUUAUUUUUCAUUUCCUAUCAAUGACACACUCCACUGGCAUGAAGAUCUAAUUUUCGAAAGGGUAAAAACUGCAUGGCAUAUAUACAACAAGCAGCUAGCAAGCCAAUCCGCAGCAAAACCUGCAACCGAAAUGCUAAAGUGAAGAUGACAGAUAAACACUCAGAAGCUGCCCGACCUCCACACGCCCUAGUCUAGGACCGGCCAUGAGGAGACCCCGCUGGCCUCUGCUCUUGUCGACUCCCUUUCCCAUUGUUUUUUCUCCUGGACUGAUAAUCCUCUGGAAAUGGGAGCUGGAAUUUGAAUAAUGAUGCUACUGUAUAGUUCUUUUAUAAUUGUAAAUAUGGAAAUAGAUUUUGACACGCCAUUUUCACUUGUCUGUAUGGAGAUAUUUUUCUUGUAAAGGUUCUCUGUAAAUUUGAGUUUGCCUUUUGCUCCCCAUCAUUUUCGUUUCUUUUCUCUUUUUUUCCAUCUUUGUCCUUUUCUCUUGUAAGAUGUUGUACAGUGAUUGUUGGGUUUGCUUACAAAAGACAGAUGCAGCUACAGAGCCAGGGAGUUUGGGCACAAAACAGGUGCAAAAGAACAAAACAGGUAAAAGUGAAAGACUUGAGUGAAAUGAAAUGUUUGAAACCAAAAACAAAAAAGGGGGGGAACAAAAAAUUUUAAAAAUAGCCCACAUUAAAAACACAAAAUUUAUGUAAAUGCAAAUGUAUUUCCUGACAAGUCUAUAAAUUUUUUUGAUGUCAUUAUGAACAUAUGUAUAUAAUGUAAGAAAGUAGACACCCUCUCAAAUUAAUCACAAAAGUGCCAAGCUCAUGAUUUUAGUUUUUGGUUUUGAUAGUUUUCUUUCCCUAUCUUUAAUGUGAAAGGGGGAUAAACUUAAAGCCUUAAAUUAAAAAAAUAAUUUUUAAAUGUUGGACAUUUGGGAGAAAAGUUAAGUUUCCAUUUUGUUCAUUUCUAUUAUUGUCAAUAUUUCAUUCAUGCUUCCUAUCUCUCUAUGGUAUGUAUAUAUGUGUGUGUAUAUACAUAUAUACAUAUAAACACACACACACAUAUAUAUAUAUAGUAUAUAUAUGUGCCUAUAUAUGCAUAUAUAUAUGGUAGAACCCCGCUAUAAAACUGGUAAUAGAGACAGAAGCCAGUCACCUCUUGUGAGCAUUGUUCUAGUGGACUUUAAUUCUGUGUGUUCUGUUUUCAAAAAUCCUUGUUCAGUCCGAUAGUGUGUUACUGGUUUGGAUUAUAAUGGGAUUCUAUGAUAUAUAAAGUCACCUUCUUUUCCCUCCAGGCAGAUUUGCAGGUGUAAUCUGGGUUUCUAGUUCCUUUGAGGUUACUUCACUUGCACCGAAUUAAUCUUCCAUGAGUGGUCAAGAUAGCAUCUGUUAAAGUAUUUAAUAAAUACAGAUUGAGAAAUUUGGCCCCAGCUUCACUCUGAAAGUAAAGACUUACAUAUGGCCCCUCCAGUGAGCAUCCAUUUUAGAGCCUUACUGAAGAUCUCAAGUAGCACCCCCUCUGUUAGGACCAGAACCUGCAAGUGUGCUAGUCACUGCUUCGCCAUAGCCAAGCCAGUGGUUGGAUCUCCCUUCUGCCCACUUUCAGCAAGAUUUGUCACACUAGUCCCAACUUUUGCUUUAAUUUUGAAAGGGAUUAUGACCUUAAAAUGUGCUACUUAGGGCCCUCCCUGGUGGCGCAACAGGUUAGAGCGCAGCAUUGCAAGCUAGCUGCAGCUGCUUCAGUGUGAGU